UCUCCUUCUCGUCAUCGCCGCUUCCUAAUGCACUCGGCCCAGGUCGACCUCAUGUGCUCUUCUAGAGUGUCAGCCGCCCGGCACGCCGAGAACUUGACCCGCUAUCAAGGCCUUUUGGACGAGCGGACACGAAGUCGUGGAUUACGCGCACGAGAAUUCGAGACCUACAAUGCGGGACCUGGACCGGCCGGCCGUCCCUUCGACUCCAUACUUGCAGCGCGACAGAAUCGGCGCACUAAAAGCAGUCUUUGACCUUGCCGACAGUUGACACCGCAAUCGCGUCGCCAGGCCAUCAAUGGCUCAAAGCUGUCGACAUCGACAUCUGUGGAGUCGGUUCCGUCCGGAAUUGUGCAUUGAAAUCCAUGGCUCGAAAAGAGAUGCAUCAUUGUCUCCCGCACAAUGACAUGCGACCGUGCUAGAUCCCACCGGCUCGACUGUCGAUCAGCGUGCGGAGGACCUGUCCCAAGUCAACCCGCAAAGUCCAAGUACACGUACGUGCAGUUGCGUUAUAAUCAUUUCCAAUCAAGACUUGCGGUCCGCCCUUUUCAUUCAUGCAGCAUGAUGAAAUUCCGUCCGGAAUGCAUGGUCACACGAUCCCUGUAGUGGAUGAAACACGAAAAUAGUUG